GUUUGGCCGCUUCAAUGUCGUUCUUGGCCUGUUCGCAGGACCGAACGGGGUCGCCCCACACCCCCGUUAGCACCAAAACCAAAAUACCCUGUGUAAAUAAAAGUCGUAUACUCAUCCCCCCACAGUCAGUCCUUUGAAUCACAGCCAUCGCUUCAAUUUUUUUUUAAUUAAUUAAUCACACAGCGAUUUUUUCCCAAAGUCUAGCUUCGCCCCAUCACGAGCUCCGGUUGCUAAGGCACUCAACCCCCGACAUUCACAUUCCGGUGACUCCGGCGACUGUUCGGACCGCAAGAAUGUGCACCACUCGUAUGCCGUGCAUGCGCACCACUGGCAUUAUUUUCCGGAGAAAAAAUACGUGCAUGUUGGUGGCGUCUGCGCAUUUGGGGACGGCUGUGCACGCGAUUUCUGCGAAGCGGGCUGUCACAAGUGUCAUUUUUUUUUUGAAGGGGGUGAAGAUAACUUGGCAAAAUUCCUGUGAGUUGUGGCCCUUGCGGGCGCUCGCCUGACAUGAACAAAGUCUCCUGCUCGGCCAAAGUGGCGUUCAAGAAGGUCACUCACGUGAUUUUCGACCUGGAUGGGCUGCUUUUGGCCGGGACAUUUGAGUUUUUUGCGAUCUGUGCCGUUUCAGAUACUGAGCCUUUGUAUACGAAAGCGGCCCAGAACGUAGUUGGCAAAUAUGGCAAAACCUACACUUAUGACAUCAAACAAAGGGUGUUGGGGUUUACCGGGGCUGACGCGGCCAAACAAGUUAUCAAACUCUUAGACCUACCCCUCACGUGGGAAGAGUAUUACAAUUUGGUCAAAGAACAAUACCCUUUAGUAAUGUCCGAUGCCAGUCUCAUGCCAGGUGCUGAGCGACUUGUGCGCCACUUCCACUCCAAACAAGUCCCCAUUGCCGUGGCCACCUCCUCCGGUCAGGACACCUAUGACUUGAAAGUGUCCAAGCACAAGUCCCUUUUCUCGCUUUUCAGUCAUGUGGUGACUGGAGGUACCGACCCUGAGGUCGAACGCGGCAAACCCUCCCCUGAUAUUUUCCUAGUCUGCGCGUCACGUUUCAAAGAUAAGCCAAAACCUGAGCAGUGUUUGGUUUUUGAGGAUGCGCCAAAUGGGGUACAAGCGGCGCUGGGAGCGGGAAUGCAGGUGGUUUGGGUUCCUGAUAAGCAAACUGAUGAGAAUUUGGGGAAAAUGGCAACGUUGAAAUUGAACUCUUUGGAUGAAGUGAAACCAGAGCUUUUCGGGUUGCCGCCUUUGAAACAGUAGCAUGACCAUGUACAGAAUUUAUUAGAGAAUUAUAGACUAUUUACAUUUUC